UCUAGCAGUUUCGUUUUCUAUCUGCAUUGUAUACUCACCCUGUCCACGCCAAUCUCAGUUUUCAUUAUAUAUAUCUUCUACAAAAGGAGUAUAGAAAUCCAUGGCUUUAAUAUAUCACAAGGUUAGUAACCAUAUACCUAAUGAUCUUGUCUUUUCUAUUUUGUCGAAACUUCCUUUAAAGUCCAUGAAACGAUUUAAAUGUGUACACAAAUCAUGGGCUCUUUCAAUUGAAACCCCUGAUUUCAAGAGUGAGUUCCUCAAAAAUUUCAUAUCUAAAUAUGAUUCUUCAUACGAUGAUGAAUGUCUUCUCUUAAAGCAGACAAUUCCAGGUAAUGAUGAUUAUCGAUGCGCAGUUUAUAUCCUUUCUGGCGAGAGGUUUGAGACAAAAGUGAAAUUAGAAUUGCCACUUCCAUUUCAAUAUGAUGACACAUGUAUCGAUAUUUCGGGUUCUUCUAUUAAUGGAACUAUUUGUCUCUUCCAAGGAAUUGAUCAUAAAACAUUUGUAUUGUGGAACCCAACUACUAGGGAAUUCAAGGUCAUUCCUCCCAGUAAUGUUGGUUCUUUAUAUUAUAUCAAAGGUUUGACUACAAUUCAAGGGUUUGGUUAUGAUAGCGUUAAAGAUGACUACAAGGUCAUUCAACAUGUAAAGCUUCUUCCGUUCAACAGUCGAGUAGUCAUGCCAAAGAUUUAUAAAAACUUGUGGGAAAUUUAUAGCCUGAAAAGUAAGUCAUGGAGAAAACUCGAUGUCGAUAUGCCUUGUCGUGAUACAAACAUUGAUGAUGUGUACAUGAAUGGCAUGUGCCAUUGGUGGGGAAUAAGAAAUAAUGGAGAGUAUUUGGUGUCAUUUGAUUUGAGCGACGAAGUAUUCCUUACAACUCAAGUACCUCUUGAUAUGUAUGUUUUUUCUAAAUAUGUUGAGAGACACCUGACAGUGUUAAAUAUGUUCAUUUCUCUACUAACAUAUCAUGAGUACCGUGCAUGUUUUGAAAUAUUUGUUUUAGGUGAACUCGGUUUGAUGGAAUCGUGGACUAAAUUGUUUGUUGUUAGACCGUUUCAUGGUGUUGAGCAUCCCAUCGGAGUAGGCAAGAAAGGCCAUAUAUUUUUCCAAAAAGAAAAUGAUGAAUUAGCAUAUUUUGAUUUAUGUACUGGAAUUCUCGAAGAUAUUGGUAUUCAAGGAGAGUUAUUUAAUUGUCAGAUAGUAAUUUAUAAGGAAAAUAUUAUUCGGUUGCCCUAAUCCUCCUU